CAGUUCAUUAACAAGAGCACUGAUCAACAAUUUCUCAAGUCAUGGCUAAGCUGGUGGGAUAAUCACAGGUCAUUUAUCUUUCACACCUUUUCACCAAAAUCUGGCCCAAAAAUGAGUUUAGCAGAAGUUGUUCACGCUGGUCAGGCGAAUAGAGAAAAUUGGAACCAAUCUUUUUUAGAUGUAGCCCAAGUAGACAUCAAGGUUAGCGUUCUUUUGAAAGCAGAACUUAAGGCGAUUGAACAGGGAACUUCAAAAGCUGUAGGGCUUCUUCAAAAGAACCAGAUAUCAUUGUUGAGAAUUACAGAAAGCUACACAACUUGGAUAGGAAGUAGAAAGCCUUACUGCUGGCCUGGAGGUUGA